UCAAGAAGUCAUUGUAAUAGGUAGGUUUUUUCUCGUUUUGUUGUUGUUGUUUUGACAAUUUUAACCAACUUUCUAUCGAAGUCCGUUUUCCUCCAAUAUUUACAACGAGGUAUGUUAUUGAUGCUAUACAUUUCAAUACAUAUAUAGUACAAUAUACACUACAUUAGUAUGUUGAUCCGUGACCUUAUUUUAGAGAUACAUUGUAUUUAGUUUAUGAACCAUGACGUCAAUUUGAAACUUGUAGCCGUGUCAACAUUUUUGACUCCCAUAUUAAAUUUUAAUCUUUUAUAAGACAGAAACGGUGCUAGCGUAAUAAUUUUUUACACAAGAAGUUAACUGUUCGUGACAUGAUUUAUUUGUUCCAUAUUUCCGGAUAAAUAAAUAACUUUCGGUUUAACAAAAGAUGUGCGACAUGGUGUUUUCUACAUUAAAAAUGAUAAUUUGGGAUCACGAUAUACACUCAUUCUAUAUGGCAGCUAUACCAAAAUUAUAGUAUUUAUCAGAUUUGCCCCUAAUUACUAGAUUCCUGGCCAUGAAAUUGGAGUUUCCAUUUAACUAUAAAUGAACAAUAACUAUGGAGAAUAAACCUAACGGCAGCACAUCUGAGGGUCUAGUAUUUGCAGACAAUAUAAAAUCUGGCGGAAUCAAUACCAGUAUAUUCGAAGAAAAGUCAGUCGGUGUUUCCAACACUGCAUGUACAGGCAUACGAUUUCUAGACAAUAAUUCAAAUGAGCCAUACGCUACAAAUAGCACUGGGACAGUAUCGCGUUUCGGAUCCAAGACAGAGUGUGAGAAAUGGAUACAAGUUUUGAAGAAACAAUCGAAGUCCCUUUCAGAUGAAAUACAAUACAGAGAGUGCUUGACCAAGGCCCUGACAGUUUUAUGUAAGGAAAUCACAGAAAACACUGUGAUAGACAGCUAUGAAAUAGAUUUACUGAUAUCCGAAAAUUGUAUCUCCGGAGAUGAUAAAACUUUCAUAGAAGCCAAAAGUAUAGGUACCAUGCAGCGAACAAGAAGGCUCCUGUCGUUAAUGCUGUUUCGUGACUACAACACACUUCUGACUUUCGUAAACAGUUUGCUCAUUCAAAAUACGCAUGUUGUUGUAAAGAUUUUGAAAGAAUUUGACAACUGUGUUCGAAAUAACUACAGGAAACCUCAAAAAUGCACAUUGUGCCAUCUUGAAAGUCGGGUUGACAUGUCCCUUAUUAUUGACGAACUACUCUCUUAUGAUGAAGAAUGGUUGCCUUUUUAUAACAAAGUAAGUCAGACGGAACAUAUAGGACCAUACAAAGAGUUUUGGCGGGAACUUUCAAGCCGUGUCAGACCAGGCGAGUCGUAUAAAAACAUAUCUGGGAUCGUUCUGAAAGCCUUGAAAGCAUCUGGGUUUCAUUCGGACAUUGUUAUUAUGCUACAAGAAGACGGGCAUACGAAAAGAAAUAGUUUUAUGUGUAGAUGCGGUGAAAUACUUUGUUUCGAAAAUUCUAGAGAUAUCGGUGAAGAUUCUCGGACAUUACAAGCACCACAAAAUAGAUAUGCCAGAAGUCAAAGGGCAUCUUCUUAUACCGAACAGCAUCGCAGUAAUUACAAGCGAAAAGACAAGCUAGUGAACACAUGUAACAAUUAUCAUAAUGCCAAGGCAGUGUCUCAAAAGACUGGAAAUCGUGAUGAAAUUAUGAAUAAGGAUAACGUUGAAGAAAUGGUAUCGGCGAAGAAAUUAUAUAACGAAUCGAAAGGGGACGAAUGCCAAGGUGAAAGUGAUCGUAAAGAGGUACUGCCAAUGUCCAACGAUGAUUUUCCCAUUUCUGAAACAUCUGCGAUAGAAACAGAGUUGUUGAAAGUUGGUCUACAUGAGCAAGCUGGAAAAGAGAUGGAAAAUGAUCAUGGUUGUUUGAUGCCACCACAACAGAAUAGUUUCAGCGACGAUAUGUAUGGAGUUAGUAAUAACUCAUCAAUGGACUUCCCUAUUGCGAGAACAUAUUGUGAAAGUAGUCAACCUCAGUCUGAAUCAUUCAAGACAGGAUUGCCAGAAGAAGAAAAAGACCGAAAUAGCCCAGAAAUGGCUCUUUUAAAGAUAGGGAUUCCGGAUUAUGAAAACGUCCAUGAUAGUGGAUUCUCACCCUGUUCCUCGAUGCAAAGCGAUGUGGCAACAUAUUCCACCGACAAAGAACCAUUGGAUAAUGAAUCAGUCAUAAAUCAAGAACUUGUUAGAUAUGCCAGAAAUCAAAGGGCAUCUUCAGAUACCGAACAUCAUCGCAGUAAUUACAAGCGAAAAGACAAGCUAGUAAACACAUGUAACAAUUAUCAUAAUGCCAAAGCAGUGUCUCAAAGGACUGGAAAUCGUGAUGAAAUUAUGAAUAACGAUAACGUUGAAGAAAUGGUAUCGGCGAAGAAAUUAUAUAACGAAACGAAAGGGGACAAAUGCCUAGGUGAAAGUGAUCGUAAAGAGGUACUGCCAACGUCCAACGAUGAUUUUCCCAUUUUUGAACCAUCUGCGGUACAAAUGGAGUUGUUGAAAUUUGAUCUACAUGAGCAAGCUGAAAAUGAGUUGGAAAAUGAUCAUGGUUGUUUGAUGCCACCACAACAGAAUAGUUUCAGCGACGAUAUGUAUAGAGUUAGUAAUAACUCAUCAAUGGACUUCCCUAUUGCGAGAACAUAAUGUGAAAGUAGUCAACCUCAGUCUGAACUAUUCAAGACAGGAUUGCGAGAAGAAAAAAAAGACCGACAUAGCCCAAAAAUGGCUCUUUUAAAGAUAGGGAUUCCAGAGUAUGAAAACGACCAUGAUAGUGGAUUCUCACCCUGUUCCUCGAUGCAAAGCGAUGUGGCAACAUGUUCCACCGACAAAGAAUCAAUGGAUAAUGAAUCAGUCAUAAAUCAAGACACUGUUACAGGAACAGGAAACGGACUUCUUCUCCCAAACCAUGCGAACGGACGUGAGACAGAAAGACUAAUUUUGAACAUUCUGAUUGUAUUCACGAUAUGUUUGUUUUGUCAUAUUUCAUGUAGUAUUUAUGAAUUCUUUUGAGUUCCUGUAAUGCAGUUGUCUCACUUAUGAAAAUCACAGCUAUAUCUUUAUACAUUUAUCUGUUGCAUGUUCAGUGGAAAAGGCUAUUUAUAUUUGUACAAAAAAACACAAAAUAAAUAAGAAUACUCCAGUUCA